AUGUACGAAGGGAUUGACAACCUAAAAUCCCUUUACUACCGUACCGGGAAGACUUUCUCCGGCGGUCCUUCUGCGGCACAGGAUGUGCCGCGUCGUACUGCUCAACCAGACCCAGUACGUCGAUCAUCAGUUGGGAGCGGGGCUCCCAAGAAUCCCAGGACGGGGGAUAGCCGCGCCACCGGACGAGAUAACUCGUCCGACGUCCGUUCACGUCGCGGUGGUUCAACAGCUGCUCAACAAGAUAGCGCUGGCCACCGCGGGAGUCCUCUAAUGGAGGUGGAGGAGGAGGAAAGACGCUCUCCACACGAUCAUGUGGAUCGGUGUGUUCCCGAGAGCUUCUUUGAUCGCGUAACGCAAGGGUUACGCGACGAUCUCGAACAUGAGCGGAAUAGGCGUCUCCAAAUGGCGGACACUGCCUCGAAGCAUCGAGCUGAGUUUGCCUUUGCUCAGCUUGAGAACGAGAGAGCUCUGACAUCUCUUCGUGACGAGCUAAGGGUAGCUCGUGGGAUUGUUGAUCGGUCUCGGGAUGAGAUAGCUGCUCUUCAGACCCUUGUUGAUGCCCACCAUCGGGAGCACAAGGCUCUCUGCGAGAUGCUUGAGCGCAAGGGCGUUCUUCAUCGGAAGAAGCAGCGUACUGGUGGUACGGCUUAA